AUGAAUCUUUCCGGCUACAGUGACAGAUUGGGCCAGGCUGCGGCAGACAUCGACGUUCUGACUUACCAGCAUCCAGCGGUAUUCUACUGUCUGACAAGUAGCGCUUUCGUGAGGGCAAAGGUUAAGUGUAAGAUGUUGGUGGAUAGCCGCGAGGACCAGGAACUUCGCAUGCGGUGCAACAAGCAUUUUCCAGCUGGUAUGACUUUCAAUGCUGCUAGCAAGCUUUCGUCAGACGCAGCGGAUGUGGCUAGGCGAAUGCUCCUGGCACACGUGGUUUGGAAGUCAGACAAAGACUUCAACAAACACCUGGCGAAGAUCCAGAAGGUGUCAGAGAAAGUCUCCACUGUCGUCCUCCACGUUGACUUGCAUGCCAGCAAAGCAGCUUAUUUCCGGCUCGUUUUGGAGACCGAAGAGUCUGACUUAAUUACUGGCAACGGUAAGAGAUGUCAAAUGGCCGAGGAGUUCCAAGGACAUCCAUCGCAGCAGUCAGACCGAAGUUGUUUCAUCCUCAUGUUCUCCAGCUCUGGUGAGACCGUUGCUUCCGAGACAAAGACCAAGUAUCGUCAAGUCCUGGAGCAGUUGGAGCAUGACCUCGGGACUUAUCUCGCCACUGGAGGCGCCAACAUAUCGUCAGAGCAAGCCAUGCAGCUUGCUGCUAAGAAAGGUGCGGAGGCUGGAAAAUACCCACGAAGCACGUGUGACACCAGGAACAUCCUCAAGAGGGCGUUAGACCGACCGACUUCGGUCUUCCUGGAUGGAGGUCGCAAGACUAAGAGGUUCAAGGUGUUGGACCCGCAGUUCGAGGUGGUGGCCUCGCAUCUGACUGCAAAUUCGAACAUGCUAUGUAAGACGGAUGCAGACGUCGCAGAGUUGACUCUUGCCGAGACCUCUCGUUUGCAUGGGUGCACGUUCGACUUAAGUCUUUGCAACCAUUUCUUUGCAUGUCAGACGCUGGCGGCCAUGGCUUCUGUGCCCAAAGCAGCGAUCAUGCUGCUGCUGGCCGGCCUCAACUUUGGUCUGUCUGCAGCUGGGUGGAAAGUGGAGAAAGCGAAGGAGACAAUGGAGUUUUUCGCGAACCGUGACGACGAGGUAUUUUGUGCGGAUGGGGAGCCGGCGGAGCAGCUGAUGCCUCGCUUGGCCAAGGUCGGCAACGUUCUUCCGUCGUUAGACGCCUCCAUUCGAUGUUUCUCUCAUGCGGCACAAGCCAGCUUGGAGUCGAUCGUCAAGUCAGACGAGAAGAUGGGCUAUUUGAUGGAUCGUCUGACUGGAGCCCAGCGUGGUGUCAGAGCUUUCGGCCAGCUCUGCGAUGCAAUCAAGCUUUGCAAGUCAGAGGUUUGCUUGACGGACGACAACCGUGACUGGGCACUGUCAGUCCUCCAGGUUUUUACCUGGCCGAACAUCAUUGCCAUGUGCUUGCUUGUGGAGUUCAUGUCGUGCGUCAGACAGCACAUCCACUCGUUUGACAAUCAGGGCGGCACUCGUGGCAGCGGCUCUCGUCAGAAGAAUGUGAAUGGCAAUGCUGUUAGCAGGAUUGUUUUCGCAUCUCGGAGGUCCCGGAUGGUGUCAGAAAUGCUGGCAAGGUUGUUUGAUUAUGAGAUCAACGGGACGAAACACAAGCCACUCGUGUUAGAUCGGAACUUCACCCACGGGUACUGUCAGAUUGCAGCUGAAGCUCUGAAGUUCGGCAGUCAGAAAUCGUUCUCUGUUGUCCACAAGGGCCGGUUGCUGUAUCGCCUCUACAGCCACGACUUGGAUCUGAAGUGUCUGAUCGCUGACGGCCUCGGCUCCAUCGCCAACAUGAAGCGAGCCUAUCUUCAAAGCGUCUUGUCAGACCACGAAGCUGGUCUGGGAGAGGCCUUCGAGCCUUUCGACGUAACACAAUGGGUGGAGACACGGGAUGACAAGGCUCUGUCAGACGUUCUGCGGCCAUUGGCGACGGUGGGCAAGGUGGAGGUGGAACCGCUGGUGAAGGAGCUGCUGGUGGCCAGACCGACAGCACUGGCUGCGAUCAGGAGGGGAUGCACGGAUCCAGAAAUAUUUUGGCCAGAGGUCUUGCGGCACUGGGGCCGUAAGACACUUCCCAUACUGAACAAUCUGGUUCCCUUCAUGCUGAGCAUCUGGGUGAGCUCGUCAGAGCUAGAACAAGAUUUCUCCUACCUUCAGCUUUUUCAGUUGAAGAGUCGCAUCUGUGAGACACACCUGCGGGACUUGCUCAAGGUUCUGCUUGAUGGGCCGUCGGUGUCAGACUUGUGUCCUAUGAGUCGUUCGUCAGACGGCAAGAUGCAGUACACCUCCACAGACAUGAUUUUGCGAUGUCAGGCUUUGUAUCGCAAGACUUUUGGGACGGCUAAGAAUCAGCGGAAGACACCAGACCUGCCAAGACGAAAAUUGUCAGAGAAGACAGCUGCUCCUAAAGGCGUUCAGGGCUUUCUCCGAGUCAGACAUGAUGAGAUAACAUCAUUGAUGAAGCAACAGCGGGAGGCAUCAGGGUCAGACCAGACUUUGGAGCAAGCAGGCCUUGAGGAAAUCACUGCGAAUUCGGCCACCAAGAAAGCCACCGCCAAGCAGCAAAGCCUUUGUAAGACUAUGCGAGACAAUCAAGACACGAAGAGGAAGGCUUUGGAACUUCUGGCCGAUGGGUCAGACCCGCAUGCAGAGGCGACCUUGCAAGCUUGUCAGCAGGAGAUGCAGGCGAGAGAAGUAGCUGACCUCACACGACGUGACUUGCAAUGGUCAGAGAGGAACAACUGCACAUUAUCAUUUUCCUGCAGCUGCGUCCUGAUGCCUGGCAUUGAGCUUUCGUCAGACGAGCAGUCUCUGCUUGCCAAACUGAGAAUCAAGACCUUGGCCUGGAAGUCAGAUGUGGAAUUCUUCCGGGAACUGUUCCAGGUUAAGGACCUGAUUUGGUUUACAAACGGGGACGAAGGUCAGAUUGUGUGCCAGGGCGGUCUUCGCUCGGCGUGUCAGUCCACUGGUCAGACUGCUGGUCAGACUAAUAACGACGACGAGUCAGACAAUAAGACGCCUGAGUUAGAAAGGUUGCCCGCUUUCCUCAUGGCAUCUCGUUUGGUUGGUGGCUGGGUGGCAGGAAUCGAGUGGCUUGUGGAGUGUAAGAGAUUGGGAUGGAAGCUGCAGCCAGUGCUGCGACUGGCACGUGCUGUGAGUGUUCCCCGUGAGCUGCAUCUUCAUAACUCGUCAGAGUUUUCCUCCAUGAUCAGCCAGAUCGUGUUCGUGGGCUGUCAGAUUGCGAGUGCGAACUGCCUGUGGUCCACCCGUGACUCCCGUAAGAACCUGCAGCUCGUUUGCAAUUGA